AUGUCUUCUGGUGUGAAAAGAAAACUAGUUAUUGUUGGUGAUGGUGCCUGUGGUAAAACCUCAUUAUUAUAUGUUUUUACUUUAGGUGAGUUCCCAACUGAAUAUCAUCCAACUGUUUUUGAAAACUAUGUAACUGAUUGCAGAGUUGAUGGUAAAGCUGUUCAGCUAGCCCUUUGGGAUACCGCUGGUCAAGAAGAAUAUGAAAGAUUGAGACCAUUGAGUUAUUCAAAAGCUAAUGUUAUAUUGAUUGGUUUUGCAAUGGAUCAACCUGAAUCAUUAGAAAAUGCAAAGAAAAAAUGGAGUGAUGAAGUAUCAAGAUAUUGUCCAGGUGUUCCUGUGAUACUUGUUGGUUUGAAGAAAGAUCUGAGAGCUGGUUCAAAUGAUUCUAAGAAUAAAAGAAAAUUUGUUCAACCUCAACAAGCUGAAGAAGUUGCAAGAUUAAUUGGUGCUAAAAAAUUCUUGGAAUGUUCUGCUUUGACAGGUGAAGGUGUUGACGAUGUUUUUGAAGCUGCUACAAGAACAAGUUUAUUAGUAUUGAAUGAAAGUUCAUCAUGUUGUACAAUAUCAUAA